AUCGCUCCCUCGCGACUCGUAAAGAAAUACAGCUCCGCUCGUGGCUUCAGCUUCAGUUUCUACGCAGGCACCCAAGCUCAAUUCUCUUCUCUCUCUCUCUCUCUCUCUCUCUCUGAGCCUUUGGUCGAUCGAGCGAUCUCUGGGCUUCGAUCCAACUCGAGGAGAAAUCUUUUUGUGAUGCGAAUCUCCUCCCCGAAAUGCUCCAUCGCCGCCGCCUGAAAUCACGGAACCCCGAGCUGGUUUGCUGUGGAGGUGGUGGAGAUCUGGGCUAGUUAGAGUUUAAGAUGAACCCUCUGUGUACGCGGAGCUCGGCCUAGGGGUUUUCGGCUUCCGGCUCCGAGUUCUUGGGGAACGAGCUCGUUUUCCUAUUUCGAGGAGCUUCUUUCGGAGAUCUGUGGGGAUAGGGUUUGAGAUCGUGGCUUGGUUGGGAAGGGGAACUUGUUCUGGUGCUUCGGGAGCUCUUGCAGCUGGUUUGAAGUGCUGGAAGAGCUCCUGAGGGGAGAUCUGGGGGGUUGUCGGGUUCCGGUUGGGGUUUCUUCUCAAACGUGGGGGCUUUCGUUCGUGCUAUGGUGGUGCGAGCUGGUCUCUUGAGGUUUUGAAAGCUUAAUCUCGGUGGAAGCUUAAGAUUUUGUGGGGUUUUGGGGGUUUUUGAUCGAAAGUUUCUUCUUUGGGGAGAGUUCAUACUUGGUUGCCUCAGCUGAGGUAGUUGGUGUACUUUAAGUUUGGUUUUUAGCCUUUUUCUUGAGGUCUUUAAUAUCUGGUAGGGAGCCUUACUGCUGUUGUUUGACACCUCGGUGGAGGUUACCAAAGCAGGAGUUUUGCUGAGAAUUUCUUCCGACGUUUGAAAACCCAGGUUGUCAAUAAGCUUAAAGCAAGGACAUCUUGCGAAAUCUGGGAUCCUGGCAUAGGUUUCAGGUGGAAAAUCUUUUGUCAGAAGGUGGAGAUAAUCUUUUCAUGUUUCAGGUCGAAAUAUUUAACUCUAGGUUUUGCAUGGUGAAUGUCAGGAACUGAUGAGACUGGAGACGAGAAUUUCUGGCAGUGGAACCGGCUUGGGUUGAAGGUGUGCGUGUGUUUGAACAAAAAAAAAAGAAGGUGUGCGUGUGUAUCUGCAGGGGUUCGUUCACCAAGCGGAAUAUUCCUGGCCAUUUUUUUUGUUGGUCCUCUUCUUCUCAGUUGGAUGAAUUGAAGCGGCGGGUUCGGUGCUCUGGAGAGAAUCAUAAACAAAAUGCUGUAAUAGCAAUUUCAAGCAGGGAAUUGAAAAGUGAUAAUUUUUGUUGACGAAGUGCUUCACUUUGGAUAUUUCACUUGUGUGCUGAAGAAAAGGAGCAACUUCUGUCUCCAGCUUUUGGUUCCUUUUGCAUUAAUGCAAAAGAUGAGGAUCUCGUCGUCAGAUCUUGCAAAUCUGCCUCAGGAAGAAGAAAAGAGAUAUCUGAAUUCAGAGUUAUGGCAUGCAUGUGCUGGGCCACUUGUAGCAUUACCUGCUGUUGGAAGUCGUGUGGUAUAUUUCCCACAAGGCCAUAGUGAGCAGGUGGCUGCAUCAACAAACAAGGAAAUUGAUUCCCAUAUUCCCAACUAUCCAAGCUUACCUCCUCAGUUGAUCUGUCAGCUGCAUAAUGUUACCAUGCAUGCAGAUGUAGAGACAGAUGAAGUUUAUGCCCAAAUGACAUUGCAACCUUUGAGCCCGCAAGAGCAAAAAGAACCUUAUCUCCCUACUGAAUUGGGUACACCCAGCAAACAGCCAACCAAUUAUUUCUGUAAGACGCUGACUGCAAGUGACACCAGUACACAUGGUGGUUUCUCUGUUCCCCGUCGAGCAGCUGAAAAAGUCUUUCCACCAUUGGAUUUUUUGCAGCAGCCUCCUGCACAAGAGUUGAUUGCACGAGACCUUCAUGGAAAUGAGUGGAAAUUCCGUCAUAUCUUUCGUGGUCAGCCAAAGAGACAUCUUCUUACAACAGGAUGGAGUGUGUUUGUAAGUGCCAAGAGACUUGUUGCUGGCGAUUCAGUCCUUUUUAUCUGGAAUGAAAACAAUCAGUUGCUUCUGGGCAUUCGUCAUGCUAAUCGACCACAAACAGUUAUGCCUUCAUCAGUUUUGUCAAGUGAUAGCAUGCACAUAGGUCUUCUUGCUGCAGCUGCUCAUGCUGCUGCUACUAAUAGCCGUUUUACCAUAUUUUAUAACCCAAGGGCAAGUCCUUCUGAAUUUGUUAUACCAUUAGCUAAGUAUGUUAAGGCAGUGUAUCACACACGUGUUUCUGUGGGCAUGCGUUUCCGAAUGCUUUUUGAGACAGAAGAGUCAAGUGUUCGCCGAUACAUGGGCACAAUUACUGGCAUAAAUGAUCUGGACCCUGUCCGUUGGCCAAACUCGCAUUGGCGUUCUGUGAAGGUUGGCUGGGAUGAAUCAACUGCUGGAGAGAGGCAGCCUAGGGUGUCACUAUGGGAGAUCGAGCCUCUAACAACAUUCCCAAUGUAUCCAGCCCCUUUUCCACUCAGGCUUAAGCGUCCAUGGCCUACAGGAUUACCCUCUCUACAUGGUGGAAAAGAUGAUGAUACCGGUCUGAAUUCUCCACUGAUGUGGCUUCGAGAUGGUGGAAAUCCAGGGAUCCAAUCUUUGAAUUUCCAGGGAAUUGGUAGUACACCUUGGAUGCAACCAAGACUUGAUGCUUUGGGACACAGUCGACAGCCUGACAUGUACCAGUCAAUGGCUGCAGCUGCACUUCAGGAAAUGAGGACUUCGGAUCCUACAAAACAGGUAUUACCAGCUAUUCUGCCAUUCCCACAACCGCAAAACUUAACUAGCAGACCCACCCCUCUAUUACCGAGCCAGAUUCUACAGCAAGUGCAACCUCAAUCACAACGAAGUUUCCUUCACACCAUUCUAGAAAACCAGGUUCCAAGCCAGACUCAGUCUCACUUCUUUCAGCAUCAGUUGCAGCAAUGCAACUCGUUAGGUGAGCAGCACCAGCAUCAACAGAUUCAGCAGCAACAAAUUCCACAGCAACAGCAUUUGCAAAUACAACAGCAACAUCAGCAUCAACAAAUGCAACAGAACCACUUGCCUGAUCAUCAACAAAUUCCUAACAUAGUGUCAGCCCUGUCUCAGUUUACCUCUGCUUCUCAAUCCCAAUCUCCUACAUUGCAAACAUUUUCCUCGUUUUCCCAGCCACAGAACUAUCCAGAUUCCAAUGGUAACUCUGUUUCAACAACUAGCACCUCCCCCCUGCAUAAUAUUUUGCGACCGUUUUCUCCAGAGGACGCAUCACACCUUCUUAGUUUGCCAAGAACCACCCCUCUAGGCACUUCUAGUCCCUGGUCAUGUAAACGAAUUGCAGUUGAGUCAGUUCUCCCAUCUGGAGCUCAAUGUGUUGUGGCCCAUGUGGAACAGUUAGGUUCUACACAGCCUAAUCCCUCCCCACAAUCUGUAACAUUGCCACCUUUUCCAGGAAGAGAAUGUUCGGUGGAUCAAGAUGGUACCACGGAUCCCCAAAACAAUUUGUUGUUUGGGGUUAACAUAGAUUCCUCGUCACUUCUAGUGCAGAAUGGCAUGCCAAGCCUCAGAACUGGUGCCAAUGAAAGUGAUUCAGCAGCCGUGGCAUAUGCUGCUUGCAAUUUUUUGAGUCCGUCAGGAACUGACUUCCCAUUGAAUCAAGCAUUGACUAGCUCCAGUUGCUUAGAUGAAUCAGGAUUUUUGCAAUCCCCUGAGAAUGUGGAUCAAGUGAACAACCCACAGAGUGGAACCUUUGUGAAGGUUUACAAGUCAGGGUCCUUUGGAAGGUCGCUGGACAUCACCAGAUUCAGCAGCUACCAUGAGCUGCGUGGUGAGCUUGGGCAUCUGUUUGGCCUAGAAGGUCAGCUAGAAGACCCUGUGAGAUCAGGCUGGCAGCUUGUAUUCGUUGACCGGGAGAAUGAUGUUCUUCUUGUUGGCGAUGAUCCCUGGCAGGAGUUUGUGAACACUGUAUAUUGCAUAAAGAUACUUUCACCCCAAGAAGUGCAGCAGAUGGGCAAACAAGGUGUUAAUCUUCUGAACUCCGCCCCCAUCAAAAGGCCCCCAAGCAACAGUUGUGAUGGCUAUGUGAGCCGGCAGGACUCGAGAAAUUUGAGCAGUAGUAUCACAUCUGUGGGGUCUUUGGAUUAUUGAAAACCUAGGUCUGCCGAAGUCUGCAAGGCGUCAGCUCAUGGCAACUCCUUUCUUGUAUUUUGCUGCACUUGCUUGUUUUAGAAGCUGGACUGAAGCACCGAGUAAGUCAGCUAUGUAUGUCUAAUAACUGUAUCAUAUGAUCUCCCCUCAUAACCUUGAUAUCCAUGCAGAGAACUUAUUUAUCUGAAGACUUGAUUCUGUGAAUGUAGGCUGUUUCAUUAAUUAGUCCUGAUCCAGGGUAUUGGGAACAGACCACUGAUUCUUGAUCUCCAGAAAUCUUAAUGAUGACAUUCCCUUUUACUUUAA